AUUACUUAUUACUCCCAUGCAAAAACAGAUGGCCUCCUCUUCCAUACCACUAGUCCUCUUCUUUGCUCUUCUCAUCUCCUCAACCAAUGCUGAUUCUUGUGCCUCCCAAUUCGACGGCUCAGAUCUCUCUGUCAUUCCCAUCUAUGGCAAAUGCUCUCCCUUCAACCCAACCAAGCCCGACUCAUGGAUCGACACAGUCAUCAACAUGGCCUCGAAAGACCCAUCAAGGGUCAAGUACUUGUCAACCUUAGUGGCCCAAAAGACCACCUCUGUUCCAAUUGCUUCGGGCCAACAGGUCCUAAACAUUGGCAACUAUGUGGUCCGGGUAAAGUUAGGCACUCCGGGUCAGCUUAUGUUCAUGGUACUUGACACCAGCAGUGAUGCUGCUUGGGUCCCUUGCUCCGGCUGCACUGGCUGCUCCACCACCACUUUCUUCGCCAACACGUCUUCCACUUACAGUCCAUUGGAUUGUUCCCUGGCCCAAUGUGCUCAAGUCCGUGGGUUCUCAUGCCCGUCCACCGGCUCCGGCGCAUGCUCGUUUAACCAAUCCUACGGUGGAGAUUCAUAUUUCUCUGCCACUCUGGUACAAGAUUCUCUAUCUUUAGCUAAGGAUGUUAUCCCAAAAUUCUCUUUUGGAUGCAUCAACUCAAUCUCUGGUGGGUCAGUCCCACCGCAAGGGCUAUUGGGCCUGGGCCGUGGGCCCAUGUCGCUGUUAUCCCAAUCCGGAUCACUCUAUUCGGGCGUGUUCUCAUAUUGCUUACCCAGUUUCAAAUCCUACUAUUUCUCCGGGUCACUCAAACUUGGCCCGGCAAGUCAACCCAAGAAUAUUCGGACCACUCCACUUCUUUACAACCCGCACCGCCCGUCAUUGUACUACGUUAACUUAACUGGAGUCAGUGUGGGUCGGGUCAACGUUCAAAUUGCCCAGGAACUCCUAGCCUUAGAUCCAAAAACCGGGUCGGGUACUAUAGUUGAUUCGGGUACGGUCAUUACCCGGUUCAUCCCACCCAUCUAUACCGCAAUCCGAGACGAGUUCAGACGUCAAGUUAAUGGCACAUUUUCAUCAUUAGGGGCCUUCGAUACUUGCUUCGCAGCAACACACGAAGCUGAAGCUCCUGCCAUAACGUUCCAUUUUACGGGCUUGGACUUGAAAUUGCCAAUGGAGAACAGUUUGAUACACAGCAGUGCUGGGUCGCUGGCUUGCUUGUCGAUGGCGGCUGCACCAAGUAAUGUGAAUUCGGUUCUGAAUAUUAUAGCUAAUUUGCAGCAGCAGAAUCUUAGGGUAAUGUUCGAUGUUGUGAAUUCGAGGGUGGGGAUUGCUCGUGAGCUCUGUAACUAGUUUUUUUUUUUUUUAGCUCUAUCUGUAUCUCUUUUUGUCAUUGUUUUCUGAUGUUUCUUUUGAGUUUGUCUGGUUUUGUAUGAACUGAACUGGGAGUAGUUGCAAUAACUGGGCUAAUCCUGGUCUAUGAAGAUUUAUGUAAUAUUUUUGGACUUUUGGAUAUGAAAUAUAUAUGUCAAGAAUAUAAUCCUACA